CCGCGGAAGAGACGUGUGUUGGACUCUUGGAGUGUUUUUCUCUGGGUUCUGAUGAACAACACUCGGUUUCUGCGGUUUCCGUGGCCGGUGCGCCUCUUCCCCGGAGCCUGUCCGGUAACAGGCUGUUGGGACUUUGAGGCCACUUUGCUCAGUGAGCGAGUCUGUGGACAGUUCAACCACCACCCUGUUUGUUUAGUCGGGUCUUUAAUCCUGACAGAAGAUGCUUGACAUGGAUGAAGAGGAGCACGGAGCAGAGUGUGUCGGCAGAUUCCAGCAGCUCAGACACACGGCGGCGUCUUCGGUUUCCAGCGGGUUGUCGAUGAAGACUGACUGGUCCAAAGAGCGUCCUCCACACUUCAGUGCUGAACCUGCUCAUCCAGACACGCUAUGUCAGCAGCUCAGACACACAGCAGAGUCUUCAGUAUCCAGCGGGUUGUCGAUGAAGACUGACUGGUCCAAAGAGCGUCCUCCACACUUCAGUGCUGAACCUGGAGCUUCACCCGCAAAGAGGAGGAGGACUGAUGUCUGUGAGGAGCAGCAGCUGUCCUGCUGUGCUUUGUGUCGGGACGUCCUGAAGGAUCCAGUCUGGUGGAGCUGUGGACACCAGGUCUGCAGACAGUGCAGCAGCUCACACUGGGACCAGGGUUCUGCUUCAGGAGCCUCCUGCUGUCCUCAGUCUGCAGAAAGAUCCAGAAGCAGAGCUGCACACAGUGUGGGUCUGCAGCAGCUUCUAGAAGAACACAAGAGGAGUGUGAGGAGGAGAUGUGAACGUGUGACUGAAGGAAGUGAUGAAGCAGGAGGAGGAAGCCUCCUCAACAGGAUCUACACUGAGCUCCACAUCACAGAGGGACUCAGUGAGGAGCUUCAGAGGGAACCUGAGCUGCAGCAGCUGGAGACAGCUUCCAGGAAGGAGAGCCUCCAUCACACUGCCAUCAGGGUUCAGGACAUCUUCAAAGCCUCGGCCCAGCAGCUCAGACACAUCCGAGUGGUUGUGACCAGCGGCGUGGCCGGCAGUGGAAAAACCUUCUCGGUGCACAAGUUCAGUCUGGACUGGGCCGAGGGCCUGGAGAACCAGGAUGUCAGUGUGCUGGUGGUGCUCUCCUUCAGGGAGCUGAACCUGCUGGGAGAGCGGCCGUACAGUCUCCUCUCGCUGCUGGCUGUUUUCCAUCCCACGCUCCAGAAGCUGACGGCAGAGGAGCUGGCCGUCUGCAAGCUGCUCUUCAUCUUGGACGGCCUGGAUGAAAGCAGACUUUCUCUGGACUUCAGCAGCAGCCGGCAGCUGCUUGACGUCUCCCAGCAGUCUUCGGUCAGCCUGCUGCUCACUAACCUCAUCCGGGGGGAUCUGCUGCCCUCGGCUCGGGUCUGGAUCACUUCCCGACCAGCGGCAGUCCAUCAGAUUCCUCCAACAUGUGUGGACAGACUGACAGAAGUGCGAGGCUUCACUGACGCCCAGAAGGAGGAGUACUUCAGGAGGAGGCUGAGUGACGAGGAGCUGAGCAGCAGGAUCAUCUCCCACAUCCAGACCUCCAGGAGCCUCCACAUCAUGUGUGGAAUCCCAGUCUUCUGCUGGAUCACUGCUACAGUUCUGGAGCACAUGUUGAGCAGCGAGCAGAGAGGAGAGCUGCCCCAGACCCUGACUGACAUGUACUCCCACUUUGUGCUGGUUCAGACUCACAGGAAGAAGCUCAAGUACCAUGAAGGACCUGAGACGGGUCCACAGGAGCUGACGGAGGCUGACAGGGAGCUUCUUCUGAAGCUGGGCGGGAUGGCCUUGGAACAUCUGGACAGAGGAAACAUCCUGUUCUACCAAGAAGACCUGGAGCAGUGUGGUCUGGAUGUGACUGAGGCCUCGCUGUUCUCUGGAAUCUGUACUCAGAUCUUCAAGAGAGAGUCUGUGAUCUUCCAGAAAGCCGUCUACAGCUUCGUCCAUCUGAGCGUUCAGGAGUUUCUGGCUGCAGCCUUCAUGUUCCACUGUUUCACCAGCAGGAAGACAGACGUGCUGGAGAGCUUCUUCAGGGAGACCAGUGGUGAAUAUUAUCAAAUUUAUGGUGAUCAAUCUGUCGGAUGUCUUGAGGAUUUUUUGGGGAACGUGUUACAGAAAUCCCUCUCGAGUCAGAACGGCCACCUGGACCUGUUUGUCCGCUUCCUUCAUGGCCUCUCUCUGAACUCCAACCAGAGACUCUUAGAAGGUCUGCUGGGUCAGACUGAGAAGAAUCCAGAAAGCCUCCAGAGAGUCAUCGACCGACUGAAGAAGAUCAAGAGUGGAAUAGUAUCUCCUGACAGAAGCAUCAACAUCUUCCACUGUCUGAUGGAGAUGAAGGACCUCUCAGUCCAUCAGGACAUCCAAGAGUUCCUCAGGUCAGAGAAAAGGUCGUUGAGACUCUCUGAGAUCCACUGCUCAGCUCUGGCCUACAUGCUGCAGAUGUCAGACCAGGUCCUGGAGGAGUUGGACCUGGGCAGGUACAACACAUCACAGGAAGGAGAAAGGAGGCUGAUCCCAGCUGUGAGGAACUGCAGGAGGUUUCGGAUUGAUGACUGUGACCUCUCUGACGCUCACUGGGAAGUGAUCUCCUCAGCGCUGAAGGCUGACCCCUCCCUUCUGACUGAGCUGAACCUGAGUGGCAGCAGGCUGGAGGAUUCGUCAGGGGAGAUUCUCUGUGCCGGACUGGAGAGUCCAAACUGUAAACUGGAGACUCUGAGGUUGUGUCGAUGCAGUUUGACAGAGGUCAGCUGUUCUUCUCUGGCCUCAGCUCUGAAGUCCAACCCCUCCCUCCUGGAGCAUCUGAAACAUCUGGACCUGAGUGUGAACCAGCUGCAGGAUUCAGGAGUCCAGCAGCUGUGUGGCUUCCUGGAGAGUCCACUCUGCCGUCUGCAGACUCUCAGGCUGGACAGCUGUACGCUGUCAGACAUGAGCUGUUCUUCUGUGGCCUCAGCUCUGAAGUCGAGUUUCUCCCUCCUGGAACAUCUGAAACAUCUGGACCUGAGCUACAACGAUCUGCUGGAUUCAGGAGUUGAGCAGCUGUGUGGCUUCCUGGAGAGUCCACUCUGCAGUCUGCAGACUCUGAGGCUGUGUAGAUGCAGUUUGUCAAAGAUCAGCUGUUUCUCUGUGGCCUCGGCUCUGAAGUCCAACCCUUCAAUCCUGAAACAUCUGAAACAUCUGGAUCUGAGUGUGAACCAUCUGCAGGAUUCAGGAGUUGAGCAGCUGUGUGGUUUCCUGGAGAGUCCACUCUGUGGUCUGCAGACUCUCAGGCUGGAGUACUGCAGUUUGUCAAAGAUCAGCUGUUCUUCUCUGGUCUCAGCUCUGAAGUUCAACCCCUCCCACCUGAAGGAGCUCGACCUGAGUGACAACGAGCUGCAGAAAGCAGAUGUGCAGCAGCUGGUUGAUCUUCAGCAGAGUCCAGACUGCAGCCUGCAGACUCUGAGCUGGAAGUCGAGUUAGAAGAGACGUUGUGAGAGCAGAGAGGAUGCUGGAGAUCCACUGAGGAGAGCAGAGCUUCGUCCAGCACCGAGUGACUCAGGAACCAACAGAGGAACUGCUGACUGAAGAGCUGUGAGAGUCCAGGCUGGCAUCGAACCAGGGUUCCUCUGGAUGUGACGCACAAUCACUGUGUGUGUGUGGACUGUUCCUCCUCCUCCUCCUCCUCCUGACCCAUUAUGCUCACGCGUAGCUUUUCCUAUAAAUAAAUUUUGUAGAUUAAAGCCUCAAUGUCAGACUGCUGUUGUGCACAGAGGAACUUUACUGAUGUGUCAGAAGCAGUGUUGGGCAAGUUGCUUUUAAAAAGUAAUUGGUUAUAUAUGCUUCUUCAAAAAAAAGUAACUGAGUGAAGUGAGUGAAGACUUUAAAAAGAACUAAUUAGGCAAAGUAACUAUUGCGUUACUUUAAAAAAAUGUGUUUAUGUCAAACAGUUUCAACCACUUCUGAAUGGAACAUGUUCAACUAUUUAUUAUAAAACUGAAUACAUGGUUCAUAAAAUAAAUGCACACUUGGCAGAAUAUACUGUAAACAGGAAACACCACAUUAAUCUGAAUUAUUCAAAUGUUGAUGUGUGAUAACAUGAGACAAGACACUGUCAAAUUUAUUUUGUAACAGUAGAUAGCAUUUCUACAUUUGUACAAUAAUAAUAAAAUACAAUAGAUAUAUGUCAGUAGAUGUCUGUAUUUUCAUUUAAAGCUGCCUUUGAGUGAGCAGGGCUCUCUGUGGCUGUAUCUCUGUCAUGUCAUGUGAUGCACUUUGCGCCAAUUUGUUCCUUCUUUCUGUGUGAAGAUCUCAUUUAGAACUUUCCUGACUGAAGAGUUUGCAACAAUGUAUCUUUUUAAAUGACGUCAUAAUCUAAUUUGACCUAUAUAUGCAAAUUGCCGGCAUGUAAAUUAGAUGAUGACAUCACUUCAAAGUUUUCUGAGUGAGGAGUUUGCAACAAUGUAUCAGUGAAGAAGCAACAUUGUUUUUUUUAACAAAGUCAA